AUGUCCACCACAACAGUCUCCUAUCCAUCCCCCAGUCUCUCAUCCCACGAAACCCAAGACAUAGACUCCCUCUUCACCUACGCCAAAUUAAUGCACGAACACACACGCAAACAAAUGGAAGCAGCCGAUCGAUCUGCGCGUAGAGAGCGCCAACGCUGA